GCCAAAAAACUUCCUUUUUCCCGUCAACGUGUGUUCUGUUCAUCAUUUUCGCUUCAACGUUGAAUUGUUUUUUUUUUUUUUUUUUUUUCGAAAUUUUUUUAAAAAUUCUUAAAAACUUUAACCAACAUGAAAACCCAACAAUUGGUUGGUGAACAGAAUGAAAAAGCUUUUCAAAAGCAACCGACUGUUUUUCUGAACAAAAAACCACCAACUGGUGGUCGUAGUCGUUAUCGCAAAGUUCAACGUUAUGUCCGUAAAGUUGGUCUUGGUUUCCGUACGCCCAAAGAUGCCAUCGAAGGAAAUUACAUUGACAAGAAAUGUCCAUUUACUGGUGAUGUUUCUAUCCGUGGCCGUAUUCUUCGUGGUGUGGUCAUCAAAAUGAAGAUGCAACGUACGAUUGUCAUCCGUCGUGAUUUUCUUCAUUAUAUUCGGAAAUAUAAUCGUUUCGAAAAACGUCAUCGUAACAUGUCUGUUCAUCUUUCACCAUGUUUUAGAGAUGUUGCAUUGGGCGAUGUUGUUACCGUUGGUGAAUGUAGGCCAUUAAGUAAAACGGUUCGUUUCAAUGUGCUAAAAGUGACUAAAUCGGCUAGCUCGAAGAAACAAUUUAAUAAAUUUUAAUACCAACAAUUCAUACACACAAACAAACACACAUGAAAAACAUUUUUGACUAUUGAAAAAUGUAAUAAAAAAAAA